AUGGAACACAAAGAUCUUAUUGAACAACACAAAGAAAAAACCUUGAUGAGAGAUUUUAAAGGGAAAUGCCUGAAACUUACAAUGGCACAUAGUAACACCGUAAUUAAGGAGAUUGACUUUCUUAAGGCAUUGCUCGAAUUUUUAACUAUAUUUGAAAAAUGCGAGGAAUAUCCGGACAUAAUGAAGUUACAAUACUUGUAUGAACCUGACAUAUCAAGCGAUAAAUUCUUUCAAUUAAUUAUGGACCUUGAUAUCGCCGAUUAUGACAUAAAACUUAAGCAAUUGCAAAACAUGGCGCAGUCAUUAAUGGGACAAAAACAUAUUGCUUUAAUGGAUAAAUAUCAAGAAAUUAUCGGAGUAUAUUUUAAACCGGUAACACUAGAAAAAUUGACGACUGAUAAUCAAGUCGUUAUUGAAGUAAUAGGUGGAAAUUUUUACCUAAGUGAUAUCAUCAAUGAUAUCAAUUCCAUGUUGUUACAUGACUCUUGCAUAGAAGAAGUUCGUUUCAUAUGUUCUGGCAUCAUGUAUGUCAAUGAAAAUUUGGAGAACAGUACAUGGCAUGGAAAAAACAUCGUGGUGUAUGCUAAAGCGAUUGUAAUUUGUCACAAGUGUAAAUGGGAUAUUUCUGGAAUGUCCUCAGACGCAACAACAAUUAUCAAAGCGAAAACCGACGACGACGGUGUAGGUAUAGACGGAGAGCAUGGAAAAUGUGGAGAAAGCGGCGGAAAUGUUUUCAUUCAUGCAGAUAACGUGUUGCAUCCGGAGAUGCUGGAGAUUUGGUCCAAUGGUGGAAAUGGUAGCGAUGGUCAAAGCGGCGGAGACGUUUCCAAUUCGGGCGAAAAUGGCGAGAAUGGCAAAGAAGGUAAAUGCAGCACCCACGGCAAAAAUGGCUGGGACAUGUCUUUUAUCGAUUGCGCACCUGGAUGAAAGGAAAUUAUUAUGGUACUAAUAAGAAUAACAAACUCGAGUUAAGUUAUUAUGACAGCAAUGCUUCGAAUCGGAUAUACGUUCCUUAUUGUGCCACGAAUUUUAACAAUAAGUAUGUACAAAU